AGUAAAACAGCCCCACAUAAACACCCACAUCACUUUACACUCACUUUUCUAUUACCGACAUACCCUACCAUCAUUACAUGUAUCUAUAUCCUUAAUCAAACAUUUCACAACUAAACACAAAACCUAGGAUUCAAUCAACCCAACCAUGGACAAAUUGAAGAUGGCUUCAUCCUCCUUAACCGAGCGAUUCAAGUCCGGCACCGCCAAAAUGAAAGAGAUCCUCCAGGCCCCCACCGCCGAGUCCAAGCUCGUCGACGACGCCACCGCCGACUCUCUCUCCGACCCCAACUGGGGCCUCAAUCUCCGCUUAUGUUCCAUGAUCAACUCCGAACAGGUCAGCGGCACUGAGAUCGUUAAGGCCAUCAAGAAGAAGCUGGGGAGCAAGAAUGUGGGGACUCAGAGGCUGUGUCUUGAGCUCUUGGAGACUCUGACUUCUAAUUGCGAGAAGGUGUUUUCUGAAGUUGCGUCGGAGAAGGUGCUGGAGGAGAUGGUGAGGGUGAUUGAGGAUCCCAAGGCGGAUGAGGAGGUGGCGAGGAGGGGGUUUGAGAUGGUCAGAGCUUGGGGGCAGAAUGAUGAUCUUAUGUAUCUUCCGGUUUUUCAUCAGACUUAUAUGGCAUUAAAGGCAAGAGAGAUUUUAAGUGGAGGCGCACAAGCUGGUGACAUCCAGCCUGAGCAAUACACCUUGGAGUCAUAUGUUGGCAAUGAACAGAUUACUUUGCCCCCUGGAGAAUACCCUAUUCCUGAUGCAAAUGAUCAGACAUCUCAAUAUAAUUUUGGCAGUCUGUCUUUGGAAGAUAAUAAAGAAUUCCUUGUAGUAACAAGAAACAGCCUGGACCUUCUUUCAAGCAUUUUGGACUCUGGAACUGAACCAGCACUUGUCAAGGAAGAUUUGACGGUGAGCAUGUUGGAGAAGUGCAAGCAGUCUCUUCCUGUGGUUCAGAGGAUUGCAGAGAGCACGAAUGAUGAUGAGUCUAUGCUUUUUGAGGCUCUAAAUCUCCAUGAUGAGCUUAGGCAAGUCAUUUCAAGAUGCGAUGAACUUGAAGCUUCUUUAGUGUCUGGAGGACAACUAACUAAAGUCUCAGAGAGUACUGCAGAAGUUGAUUCACCUGUGGAUGCAAGUAGUCUUGGCGAAGUGAACAGGGAAACUUCCCUGAAUGGAGACACCAUGAAAGCCACUUCAGAUGGCACCCAAGCUGAGUCAUCUAUGCACACAAAGACAGAUCACCUCAAUGCCAACCCCACAAAAGUUGAUGCAGCUGUGCAUGUCUCCAGUCAGAGCGGCGAAAGUAAAGAAGAGGCUCCUCCCCAAAAACCAGAGACAACCGAGCCAAUCAGCGACUUAAAAAAGCCCAGUUCCCCGCAGGCAGGGAAGCUUGAAAACUAGCAUGAAUAGACGUUGUUUCUGUUUCUAGAAAGGAUACCCAUUAGGUGUUUGUAGUUGGCUGGUAAAGAAGUUGAAUGUAAUUUAAGUGUCGAGGAUUAUUGAAUAAAUCAUGUGCAAAGGAACAUAUAGUAGUAGUCUUUAUAGUAUGCUGCAGGAGCGGCUGGAUGUCUAGUUUAUUGUAAUUAUUGUUGCACAAAAUUGGUGGAUGGAUUUCAAUCAGAGUGCUUUUAUCAAUUAUCA